AAAAGUGCGUUCAAACUUCAUGUAUUUAUAGAAAAAUUUGAUUCAUAAAAUAAAUAAAUAAAGCAUCCGGAAAUGACGCAAUGGAUCGACUCCUCCUUCCCAGUACCACAACAGGCCCAAUGUUAUAUUCAUAUAAUGUAUUGGACGUUCACAUUGGACCUAAUAGGUGUGAGUCUCUGUCUGCUGCUCGCGCUCUGCUGCCAACCAAAAGAGUACACCGCUCAGGACGGACAGUGCUGCCCCAUGUGCCACGAAGGCACAGUGGUGACCAGGCACUGUACUGCUGACCUGGGCACUCGCUGUGGGCCGUGUCCCAAUGGGACCUACAUGAACCAACCCAACGGAAGGACCACGUGCUUCAGCUGCUCCAUCUGCCACUCAGGCGUGGGUUUGGUGGAACUCCAGCCCUGUACCUCCAGCAGUAACAGUGUGUGUGGGCCUCGCUCGGGCUUCUUCUGUCUCACCUCCACGGAGGAGUCUGGAGGCUGUGAGGUGGCUCAGAGACACACCUCCUGCUCCCCUGGUCAGAGGGUACUGCAGCCAGGCACCAGCUCAGCAGACACAGUGUGUGAGAACUGUCCAGAGAGACACUUCUCCCCUGCAGGACUCAACUGCACCGCCUGGACCAUCUGCCCGCACAGCCAGGUGGCGCUGCGGCCUGGGAGCAGUCAGGAGGACGUGGUGUGUGGAGGGGCGGUGCACCGCUCACACUUCAUCCUCAGCAUUCCUUUUGUGGGGGUCAUACUCAUCCUUAUCCCUGUCCUGUGCAAGUUAAAAGGACGAACUGACCCCAAACGUCAAAAUAAUCAGAACCUUGCACUCUAGCUACCUGUGGCUAACUAUUGUUAACUGUGACUAAUCGCAGCUGUGUAUGGCUAUUUGUGGGUGGCAGCCAAGUCCAGGUGAGACGACUAACUUCCUACUAAUUCCUAAAUCUUUACUACAGCAACACAAGGAUGACAGGAACUGACCACAGACUGAACAUUAGGGUUGUUGUUACCAAUAUAAUUAUUCAUGAAGUUUCUGAAGUGGACAAUUUGACCACACGUCGACAGAUUCAGCUUUCUGCCUCCCAUCACCUGUCCCUCAUCUCCAGAAUGACCCCAGCCUCUCUCCUGACUUCCUGACCCCUGACAUCCUGUCUCUUCUGACCUGUGCAUCUUUGCUGUGGUCUUCUCCCAAAACCACUACAGUUACUCCUCCGUUGAGAGAAAAACUUUGUCUGGACCCUGAUAAUUUUUUCCACGCUUGUUUUAUACUCUGUUCCAAAUAAUAUUAUUGCAGCUAUAAGGCAGCUAUAAAAGUGUUUUUUUAAAGUAGUAGUAGUCUUAGUAGUAGUAGGGGAUGUUUGUCCUUAGUACAACAGUUCAAGCUUUUUUUAAGAGUGUCAUCAUUACAGUAUAUGAGUGUCAAUGGUGAGCAAUAACAUUUUCUUCUAUGAAUGCUCAAAAAACAUCUAAAAUGUGAAAAAGCUGCUAUAGCUUAAUAACAAAUAUGAUGGUCUGCAGCUCUGCUAGAUAUUUAGUACUGGAUAUUGUCGUUUUCUGUUCUGUUGCAUGAAGAACAGGUGCAGAGGCACGGGAAUAAUUCUGUAGAUCUGCCUCUCCUGCUGAGGCAGGUGCAGGGGUUUAGGGUUUAGAGAUGAUUCAGAUCAGAGAGUGUCCUUUUAGGUUUAAACAAAAAACCAAAGAUAAUCUAAGCACCAAAUUAUACCAUAUUAUAUAAUAUAACAAAUUAUAACAAUUUAAACAUACAGUUGAAACCAGAGGUUUACAUACACAAAAAGACACAUACUCUUUUUUUCUCGCUGUCUGACUUGAAAUCAGACUAAACUUUUCCUGUUAGGUCAAUUAGCAAAAUUAUUUGUAUUUGCUAAAUGCCAGAAUAAUUAGAUAAGGAUUUUUUUGGGCAAUUCAAGCCCAAGAACGCCAUCCCAACUGUGAAAUAUAGGGGUGACAGCAUCAUGUUGUGGGGUUGUUUUGCUGCAAGAGGGACCGGUGCACUUCACAAAAUAGAUGACACCAUGAGUAAAGAAAAUUAUGUGGAGAUACUAAAGCAACAUCUCAACACAUCAACCAGGAACUUAAAGCUUGGGCUUAAAUGAGUCUUCCAAAUGGACAAUGACCUGAAGCAUACUGCCAAACUGGUUACAAAGUGGCUGAAAGAUGACAACAACAUGACAACAACGAAGCCCUGAUCUCAAUCCCAAAACUGAAAAUUUAUGGGCAGACCUGAAAUGGCAUGUGUGAGCAAAGUGGGCUACAAACUUGGCUCAGCUACACCAGUUCUGUCUGGAGGAAUGGGCCAGAAUUCCUGCCAACUAUUGUGAGAAGCUUGUGGAAGAAUAUCCAAAAAGUUUGACCCAAGUCAUACAGUUUAAAAGCAAUGGUACCAAAUACUAAGGAAAUGUAUGUAAACCUCUGAAAGUAACAGAAAGCAUGUCUCUUUUUAUACAGUGUAUGUAAACCUCUGCUUUCAACUGUAAAUAAAUGUGUCAUCAUGUCCAAUCUUUUCGUGAUUAAAAAGAAAUCAACAUUUCAAUUGUUACAAGUUAUAUUUAAUUAGAACUAACCUUGUAUCUGAGGACAUGAACUGGUCAUGUUAAUACAAUUUUUAAGUCAAAAUCUUGCAUACAGUUCCUUUUAAUUUUAUUUAUUUUUUAAUCAGAUUUAAUGUAUGUUGAUUUAAUGUAUAUCAAUCUUGAUGUGAAUGAUAUUUUAUUGUUUUAAUGUGGCUUUAUUCUUUGGGCUGCUCAUUUAUCUGAUACCAAAGGACACUUAGAUUAGACAUUUGUUGUAACUUGUUUCAGUAAACACAUUUUGAAGUAUGAUAUAUUGUUAGAGAAAAGAAUCAUCCUAAAUGAUACAUUUGGAACUACUUAAUGCCACAGACACAUCAAAGCAGGAAAAUGUGAGUAAACCCUUUUCAAAAUUUUCACAUCCAUUAAAAACAUGAGCUGCAAUAUAUAAACAGCACAAUUAAAAGUUUGAAAAAGUUGGUUCAUAUUUUUUCAUUGAAUUUAUUGAACCAAGUUAAAAUCAUUAUGUGUUCAACUAAAAUGAUCAAAUCCAGCUUGUUGUAAUUAAACUUGUUAUUUGCACAGAU